AUGGACGUCAAGUCUGCCUUUCUAAAUGGGCAUAUUGAAGAAGUGGUAUAUGUCGAGCAAUCACCUGGGUACGAAGCCAGAGGACAUGGAGAUAAAGUCCUUAAGUUGAAAAAGGCUUUAUACGGCCUAAAACAGGCACCAAGGGCGUGGUACAGCAGAAUCGACAAGUAUUUCCAAGAAAAUAAUUUCAGUAUGUGCCCGCAUGAAUAUGCUCUUUAUGUGAAGGUGAAUGAAAACGGAGAUAUGUUGCUCGUCUGCCUGUACGUAGAUGAUUUGAUCUUCACGGACAAUAAUCCGACAAUGUUCGAGGAGUUCAAGAAAACGAUGACGAGAAAAAUUGAGAUGACGGACAUUGGUCUUAUGUCAUACUAUCUCGGGCUCGAAGUAAAACAACGGAAAAAUGGAAUUUUUAUAUCUCAUGAAGGAUAUGUGAAGGAAAUCCUUAAGAGAUUUAAAAUGGAGGAGUGUAAUCCGGCAAUUACUCCCGUGGAAUGCGGUAUCAAGCUAUCAAAGAUCGAUGGAGGCGAGAAGGUCAAUCCAACUCUUUACAAGAGUCUUGUUGGAAGUUUGAGAUACUUAACUUGUACAAGGACAGAUAUUCUCUACGGAGUAGGACUAAUCAGUCGCUACAUGGAAGCACCUACGGUUACCCAUAUGAAGACUGCCAAGAGAAUUUUGCGCUACUUAAAAGGUACGAUUGAUUUCGGUUUAUUUUACUCGUCGUCAGAAAAAUACAAACUCAUUGGAUACAGUGACAAUGAUUGGGCCGGAGAUUUAGGUGAAAGGAAAAGUACUACUGGAUUUGUGUUUUUCCUCGGAAAUACGAGCUUCACUUGGAGUUCGAAGAAGCAACCGAUUGUCACGCUUUCCACUUGCGAAGCUGAGUACGUCGCAGCAGCAUCGUGUGUUUGUCACGCGAUAUGGCUAAGGAGUUUAAUGAAGGAACUUAAAAUGGAGCAGGAAGAACCGACAACAAUAUUUGUGGACAACAAGUCAGCAAUGGCUUUAGAAAAGAACCCAGUUAGAGCUGUCAAUUUAUAA